AUGGACGUUGAAUCAAACUCGCCUCCCCUUAAGGUGCCGCUCGAGAAUGAUCAGGAUGUGCAAGAUGCCACCGACCUGGCAGGCAUGGGCCAUGCCCAGGCAUUGACCCGCAAAUUUAAUAUCUGGAGCAUGCUUGCAUUGGCUUUUUGUGUUCUAGGAACCUACUCUACUUUUGCUCAAGAUCUCAGCAGUGGUCUUACCAAUGGCGGUCCCAUUACUAUUCUCUGGGGCCUGGUGCUGGUCACCGGCUGUAAUUUAUGUGUGGCGCUCUCCCUGGGUGAAUUGACCAGCAGCAUGCCCACAGCCCUCGGCCAGGCAUACUGGGUAUACCGACUCUGGAGCACUCCUCUUGGCCGCUUCGUUUCGUAUAUGUGUGCAUGGAUUAACACCUUUGGAUGGUGGACCCUUACUGCGUCACAGGUCGCUUUCAUGACCGAGUUCAUCCUCGGCAUGAGGACCAUGUUCAACCCUGACUGGGCCGGCGGGAGCCAGGGCUGGCUCAACUUUGUCGUCUUCAUCGGCGUCGUCUUCCUGUUGACCCUGAUCAACGUCGUCAGCUGUCGUCGUGAGCAGAUCCUCCCGUGGAUCAACAACUUCGUCGGUGUCUGGUUCGCCGGCCUGUUCGUGGUCAUGUCCCUGGUGAUGCUGAUUUGCGUCGGCGUCAAGAGCGACCUGUCCUUCCAACCGGGCAAGUUCGUGUUCGGUACAUGGAUCAACCAGACCGGCUGGCCCGAUGGUAUCACCUGGUUCACUGGUCUUGUCCAGGCUGCCUACGGUUUGACCGCAUUCGACUCGGUCAUCCACAUGGUUGAGGAAAUCCCCAACCCACGCCGCAACGCGCCCCGUGUGAUCUGGAUGGCCGUGCUCUUCGGCGCUAUCACGGGUUUCAUCUUCAUGGUGGUCUGUCUCUUCUGCAUCCAGAGCGUCGACAACGUCACCAACGCCGAUCUACCAUUCAUGGAACUCAUGCUGGAGACCGUCGGCCUGAAGGGCGGGACCACCCUCCUUGCCCUAUUCAUCUUCAACGGCGUUGGCCAGGGUAUCGGUAUCCUUACUACCGCCUCUCGUCUAACCUGGGGUUUCGCCCGUGACGGUGGUCUUCCCUUCAGCCGCUACUUCAGCCACGUCGACCCCGUGUGGCAAGUCCCCGUCCGAUCACUCUGGGGUCAAGGCGUAGUCAUCGCCAUCGUCGGCAUCCUCUACCUCUUCGCCAACACUGUCCUCGAGGCCAUUCUAUCCGUCAGCACCAUCGCACUCACCGUCUCCUACGCCAUGCCCAUCAUGGCUCUCCUUGUUGUCGGUCGCGACAAGUUGCCCGACGGUGGCUCCGCUGGUCUCGGUCGCUGGGGCCCGUGGCUUAAUUGGACCAGUAUUAUCUACUGCAUUAUCACGACCGUGUUCUUCCUGUUCCCUGGUAGCCCCAACCCGGCUCCUAGCGACAUGAACUACGCCAUUGCCGUAUUUGGUGUCAUGUUGGUUAUUGCCGUUGCGUUCUGGUUUAUCCAGGGUAGCCGGACGUACCUCCAGACUGAUGACGCUAUUGCGCAGAUGUUCUAUGCGCAGCACCUGGAGAAUGCCGAGUCCACUGUUGAGCCUCGCUCGGAUGCGGAUUCGAACUAG